AUGGUGAGCUUUGGCGUGCGCAGGAUCGGUGAACCAGUCCGUAUGGAAAUGAUACCGCUCGCCUUUACCGUACUUGACCAGCUGGAAUGGCUCCAGGUGAUUAUUGGGUAUGCUGUAGCCCUGGAAGGCGACGGCGCGCUCCUCGAUGCAGCGAACCACGUCGUCUCGCCAAAGGCUGGUGCUCUGGGAUGUGCGUACACUGUGUGUGGUUUUGCCGCCAGACGCAUCGAUGACGCCCGAGUGUGUGAAGGUGCCACUACUAAUGACCCGUGA